AUGUCCGACGACAACAACAACGGUUCCCGCCCCGCAAAGCUAUGGAACCGACCAUCCGGCGGAAUCGGUCGCAUCGGCGCAUGGGGAUCCUCUGGUAGUGGAAGAAGUGACUCUUCAGGACCUCGUGUUGCUACCCUCCGAGAUGUCGGCAGUGGCGCACCCCCCACGAUGGGCGGACCUGGGAGAGCCAGCGAUGACGAUGACGACGAUGAUGAAAACGACAGUGCGACCCAAGGAGAAAGUUGGUUUGCUGGUGGCGAGAGGAGUGGGAUUUCAGUUCAGAAUCCCGACAGGCCGGGUGCUACCCCAGGGGGGAAUCUCGUGCGCGACUUAUUGCGUCGCGCUGCCGAAGCAGGUCCUCCAUCCAGUGCCACAAGUGAUUCGGUUCGUUCCACAGUCUUUUCUGGAGGGGGGCAUACUUUGGGGAGCGAUGAAGUAGAAAGCCAAUUCAUCCCGGAUCCUAGUGUACCUGCAGGGCCAGAAGAAGAGACGGCUAUUCGUCAUUUGACGUUCUGGCAGGAUGGCUUCAGCGUUGAGGAUGGCGAAUUAAUGCGCUACGAUGAUCCUGCAAAUUCUCAGAUCCUGGGCGAGAUUCACGCAGGUCGUGCACCCCCGCAUAUUCUCAAUGUCGCUCCUGGACAGCCUGUCGAAUUGCGUGUAGUGAAGCGUCUGAACGAUGACUAUACUCCGUCGCCGAAGGCUCGUGGUUCAAAUACAUUCUCGGGUACCGGUCACCGUCUAGGCUCUCCCAUCCCACCAAUCACAGGUACUGGUUCUGCCAGCAGUAGCGGCAGUGGUAGCAUGCCAGGUUCUUUCCCUGUCGCCUCUGGGACUGUGCCACAGGGCUCUAGAAACACAGAGAGCAUCAGUACCAGGUUUGAAGUGGACCAGUCUCUACCGACGACGAGUGUACAGGUCAGACUUGCUGAUGGAACCCGAAUGGUUUGCCGUAUGAAUUUGAUUCAUACCGUGGGCGAUAUCAGAAACUUCAUCAAUGCCUCUCGUCCGGAGAAUAAUUCACGUCCGUAUACGAUCAAUACCGCCUUCCCGAAUCGUGUUUUAGACAAUGAAACGCAGACCAUCGAAGCUGCAGGCCUUGUGAACAGCGUAGUUCUUCAAAGAUGGGUUUAA